CCUCCCACUCCCCUCUACAGCCAGAAGCUCUGUCCUGCCGCCAUGUUGUCCACUCUCUCCCCUUCCCACCCUUUCCUUGGAAACCCGUUCUCCUCCUUCGAAGGCGGCCUAACGCCUUGGGAGUUCCCGGACCUUUCCUCCGUCUUCAAUUCUACCGACCCCGUCAUUAAUUCAAGUUCCGGUUCAGACGAACCGGAUCGAACCCAUAAUGCCAAGAGAAAAUCCCCCUCCUCAGAUGAUCAACCGGACCGUCCAGAUUUUGUCAUGGAGGACCGAAAGCGGAGGCGGAUGAUAUCGAACCGGGAGUCGGCAAGACGUUCACGCAUGCGUAAACAGAGACAUCUAGAGAACUUACGGAACGAGGUGAACCGAUUUAGGAUGGAAAACCGAGACCUGAAGAACCGGAUGCAGUUCUUGCUCCAUCUCACUAACCGCGCACGAACCGAAAACGAAUGGCUCCGGUCCGAGCGAAUCAUGCUCCGGCAAAAACUGUUGACCCUAACUCAAUAUUUGGUCUUCCAACAACCGCAACGCGUCUCAUCUGCAUGGCCAUGCAAUACUAGCGUCACAGCGAGAAUAAACCUUGAUCGUUAUAUGAGCAACUAAAGUAAAUAAAGCCAUAAUUACUCGGCCUCGAUUAAUUGCAAGUCAGGAACUUAAUUGCUUCUAGUCCUAAUCAAAAUUGCUAAAGAAGAGGGUGUGGGGUUUUUUUCCCCUGGGGAAAAGAGGUGCGGUUUUGAAAAAUAUAGGGGAUCUUUUCAAAGCCAGUUAUUAUAGAUAUAUAUAUUUUGUAAAGUAUAGUCGUAUUGUAAAGCAAGGCAGCGGAUGGUUUAAUUAUUCAAGUAUAUAUGACUUCGAUGCUGUUAUUGUGCUCGAAAUGGUUUCUUUAA